AUGAUAGAAAGUGACAUCCCAUCCACGAUGUCAGGAAUUAUCCGCAACUCAGGGCAAAACCACCACCUCUCCCCACAGGAAUACAGGCUCCUGGCCACCACCGGCGAGGAUGACCUUCCUGGGGACCUGCAGUCACUGUCGUGGCUCACGGCCGUGGACGUGCCACGGCUGCAGCAGAUGGCGAGUGCCCGCGUGGACCUGGGCAGCCCCGGUGUGCCACACCCACACCCAGGUGCCUUGGCUGGGGCAGUGGACCUGCACGUGGGAGCCACCCCAGGUCCCCUGCUCCACGGCCCGGCUGGCAUGACUCCCCAAGGUGUGCUGGGUUUGGGGCCCACGGCCAGCCACGGAGCCAACCAGAUGAGCCAGUUCCCUGUGGGGGGACAGCCCUCAUCUGGUCUGCAGGACCCGCCACAGCUGUACUCUCCCACCUCCCAACAGUUCCUGCGCCCCCCAGGCACCCAGCAGUACCCUCCCGUGGGCCUGUAUGGCCCCCCGUUUGGGGCACGGCCUCCCUACCCCCAGCCCCGCAUGGCCAUGCAUUCAUCUCAGGAACUGCACCCCAAACACUACCCCAAGCCCAUCUACUCAUACAGCUGUCUGAUCGCCAUGGCCCUGAAGAACAGCAAGACGGGCAGCCUGCCUGUGAGUGAGAUCUACAGCUUCAUGAAGGAGCACUUCCCCUACUUCAAGACGGCUCCCGAUGGCUGGAAGAACUCGGUCCGGCACAACCUGUCGCUGAACAAGUGCUUUGAGAAGGUGGAGAACAAGAUGGGCGGCUCGUCGCGCAAGGGCUGCCUGUGGGCCCUGAACCUGGCCCGCAUCGACAAGAUGGAGGAGGAGAUGCACAAGUGGAAGAGGAAGGACCUGGCCGCUAUCCACCGGAGCAUGGCCAACCCGGAGGAGCUAGACAAGCUGAUCUCAGACCGGCCGGAAAGCUGCCGACGCCCUGGCAAACCGGGGGAGCCUGAGGCCCCUGUGCUGACCCAUGCCACCACGGUGGCCAUGGCCCACGGCUGCCUGGCUGUCUCCCGGCUCCCGCCCCAGCCACUGAUGACCCUGUCCCUGCAGUCAGGCCCCCUGCACCACCACGUCCAGCCCCAAGCACAGCUCGCCCCAGACUCUCCUGCCCCGGCCCAGACCCCACCCCUGCAUGCCCUGCCGGCCCUGAGCCCCAGCCCUCGCCCGCACCCCACCGUGGGAAGGGGUCCCGUGGACUUCAUCAACAUCAGCACCGACAUGAACACCGAGGUGGACGCCCUGGAUCCCAGCAUCAUGGACUUCGCUCUGCAGGGGAGCCUCUGGGACGAGAUGAAGGACGAGGGCUUCAGCCUGGACACGCUGGGGGCCUUCGGAGACUCCCCACUCGGCUGUGAGCUGGGGCCCUCUGGCCUGACCCCCGUCUCUGGUGGCAGCAGCCAGUCCAUCCCAGACUUGCAGGUAACGGGUCUCUACGCCACGUACUCGACUCCGGACAGCGUGGCCGCGUCAGCUGCCGCCGCCUCCUCCCAGUACCUGGGCGCCCCGGGGAACAAGCCCAUAGCCCUGCUUUGAGCUGACGGCCUCACCUGCCCCGGAGCCUGGGCCCGGGCUGA